AUGCCUGAGCUUAAUAUAAUUGAGAAACUUUCUGUAGACAGCAAAAGAAUUAAGUAUAUGAACAACUAAAUACAAAAAUCAAUUUAAUUGUAGCAAAGUAAUGAUGAAAAAAAAAUGAUUUAAUAAAGUAUUGACUCAAAGCAGGACUAAAUAUAGAAGAUGAAGUCAUAUUUAGAGAAAGUUCGGGAGCUUAAUAGGAAAUUAGACGCAAAUAAGCCAAAACCUGAGGAGCUAUAUUAGAUGAGAAGGAAUGAAACUAGACUACUGUUCUUUUUAAACAGUCUAAGAUUGUUUGAGGAUUAUAUCGAGGAGAAAGAUUUAAUAAUUAAAGAUUAGGAAGAUUCUGCGAUCCAGGAUUUAGGCUAGACUGAUAUAAGUGACAUGAAUGAUAUAUUAGAGUUCAAUUAACUUAAAUAAUACAGGACAUUUCUAAACGAUGCAGAAGAUUAUAUGCCAAACUAAAUUGGUAAUUCUCCUAAGGAAAGAAGGAAUACGAGAACUGGUAUUAACUAAAAUGAAAAAAGAAAAACUACUCUCAUAAAAUUUCCGACAUUCUAUUUGAAAAAGGUAAAUGUAAAAAGGACAAAGAACUUCAACGAAUCAAACUAAAGGGAUAUUGAAGCAGCAGUUUUCUCUGAUAUUCAUGUCCUAAAUCUUUGGAAAGAGUUUAAAGAGUAGAUAGUUACUGAAGAUUCAGUAAUAAAACACUAUGAUGUCUCUAUGAUGAGACUUUAUUCCAAUACUCUUAAGUACAAGAAUUUGAAUACAGUCUUGGAUGAAAAACAUCAAAUAAAAGAUAUUCUUUAAAGUAAACUCUAAAAGAUAAGGAAUUUGAUUCCUUCAUUUAGUAUUUUGAUGGGAAAGCUAAAUUUCUCCCGGUUAAAAAAGACUAAGAUGAGCCUAAGAUGUCUUUUCUAAAUGAUAGAUCCUCGAGUAUUCCAUCUCCAAGGAGCUCUAAUAAAUGUAAUGAAAUACCUUGAAAAGAAAACUUAGGACCUAGCUAGAACAAAAAAGAUGUCAUUCAUGGAAUAGAAAUAAGAAUAAGAGUUCCUAGAAGUUAACUUCAAUCCGAAUUAAAGACCAUCUAUUAAGAAAUCUACUACUCAGUUAAACAUUAGUGCAGCUAAAAUGAGAUAAAAUCAGGAAAAUUUAAAGAAAAUUAAAAAAUAACUUGAAAAUUUUUAAUACAUUAGCAGGGAAACACUUACCUAAAGAGUUCAGCAGUCAUAGUAGGAUGAUGACUAGUUGAGGGAUUGCUAGAGAGAGGAGAUGGGACAUCUAGACUCAUAAAGAAGUUUUGUAAAAGAUAACUUGAUGCAUCGAAUGAAACACAUAGGACACAAAAAAAUUUCUUAAAGCUAAGAAAAUAUUAAUAAGCUUAGCAAUUUUUAAAGAGCCACUUCAGUGCUAUAUAAGACUAUUUUGUCAAAUGAAAGCAAUAAUUCUAAAAAUGACCUCUCAUAAAUUGUAGAUAGGUGUAAGUUGACCUAAUUAUCUUAAUACUUUUCAGUAAGCAAAAAGAAAGAGACUUCUUAUUUAAAAUCGCCUGAUUAGCCAAAUACUUCAAAAUUAGUCUAAAAUUAAUAUAAAAGUGAGCAAAGAAGAGCAAUGACUCCUCAUAUGAAUUCAAAUAGUAGAAAUUCAAAUGAUAAACUAAUCACUCUUCAAACUAUUUGCGAUUAAUAAAAAUAGUAAAGCUUUAACCAAAUUUCUUAGAAAACAUAGAAGCCUAAUAUUUUAUAUCAAAUUCCAACUAAAGAUUUGCUUAAUUGUAUUGCUUCAACUAGAAAUACAAAGUUUUUGAAUCAGAAUAUCUUCAAUAAUAGUGGAGAUAGUAAAAAAUAAGCAAAGAGUGAUAGAGAACUUAACAAAGCAAAAUAGAUGACAUAACUAGACAUAAUUAAAGAAAUCUUAUCAAGGGAAGAUAUAUUGAAAUCCAAAAGAGAUAAAUCAGUGGGUAAGCUAAAAGAAAUCUAUGGAAAGAAAAAUAGAAUGCAGAUGACCCUUUUAAAUUGA